UCCUACAUGAUUUUUAUUGCAAACACCAUUUUAGCAUGGCAAAAGACGGGAGUUGUCUGUUUCGCAUAGGGUACUACUUCUACUCGAGAACCCGGAUAGGACAGAUUUAUCACCGAAGGGAUAUAGCAAAGGCACGUGAGAAGUAUCCGGAUGGGCAAACACAUUCAGUCAUUCAGCCAUUAAAAUAUGGAGAUUUGACUCUUACACCUUUUCCCAUGCUACUGGACAAUUAUGCUUACAUUCUGAAAGAUUCUAAGUCUGCAGUUGUGGUUGACCCAGGUGAUCCUGAACCAGUGAUUAAAUACCUACGAGACAAUGGAAUAUCCCCAGAGGCUGUCCUUGUCACACACAAACACUGGGAUCACAGUGGUGGAAACCAAGAAAUGAAGCGCCAGUACCCUAACAUCAGAAUUUACGGUGGAAUUCAUGACAAUGUAAACAAUGUUACAGACAAUGUCAAUGACCAGGAUACUUUGUCGUUCGGUGACAUGCGUUUCACGGUUCACUUCACCCCUGGCCACACAGAGGGGCAUGUCGUGUACCUGUUGGACGGGGCUCCCUAUGGGAUGUCUGACUCUUUGUUCUCUGGGGACCAUCUCUUUCUUGGAGGUUGUGGGAGGAUGUUUGAGGCGGCUCCCUCUGUCAUGCUUGGCUCUCUUGACAAAGUGUCCAACUUCAGGGGAGACGUACUGAUGUGGCCAGGCCACGAGUAUGCGAAAGAUAAUUUGGAUUUUGCUUGCCACUUAGAAAACUCCAAUGAAGAGUCAAAGAAAAAGUAUGAAUGGAUUAUGAGUCAGCGAGAAAAAAAUCUAUGCACAUGUCCAUCUACCAUUGAAGAGGAGAGGUCUUAUAAUCCAUUUUUGAGGACGUCGGAGCGCAGUGUGAUAGAAGCCGUGAGCGUCGGCAGUGAAAUAGAAGAUGGGGUUUCAGACGAGACCAGGGCCAAAAUUUUGAAGGAGAUUAGAACCAUGAAAGACAACUACAAGUACAAACUAUAGGCAGGUUAUCUUACACACCCAGUACUUAUAAGUGUACCACUUAUACAUGUACCACACUCAGUUAGGGAGUACGAGAAUAUGAUUUCUUCAUGCUCAUACAUAAUAUCUUUACAUUUUAUAUGAUAUAUUGUUUGUCAGUACACUGUAUCUCCGAAUGGGCAUUGAAUUCUACUUAUGUUCAUAUAUAAGGUUUGAUAUAUUGAAUAUUUUUCCUUACACCAUAUAUUCAACAUGUUAUAUGCAAGACAAAUAAGAGACGAAUAGGCUGAACAUAGAUUUGGAAACAUUACUGGUUCAUUAAAUGUACAUUUUAUUAUAUGUUCAACAUAUUGUUUAGAUUAACUUAUUUUAAGAUUUAAAUAUAGUUUAACAUAUUUUGAGUUCUAACAUUUCUAAAACCAAAAUUACAAUUUUUUAUUUGAAUGCCUUAGUACAUGUACCAUGUACAUCCAUACCGGUAUAUAUCAUAUAAAUGUGUGUGGGUUUUCCUUGUUUAAAUGAAAGUUACAUUCAAAAUCUAACCGUAAUUUACAUUAAAUUUGUAGCAGGAAUAUUUUAAAACUGUAUUCUAACUUUGAAAUCUAAAUGAGUAAAGAUCGAAUUUACCAUCUGCCAUUUUUAAUACCAUCUGACAGGUGUCUACUUUGAUAUUACCCACAGAACAAAAGCUUAUUCCUUACAAAACACAUUUUAAACUAUUUAUUUAUACUUAUAUAAUUUGUUGAUAUUAUAUGUACAGUGUAUAUUAGUUUUAGUCUGUGAUGUAACAUAAGUACUGUAGAUUUUGUGAUAUACAAUACAUGAUUGUGUGUGAUAUUUAAAUGCCAGUUUCACGUGAUCAGCAGUGACUUGAAUCUCUUUUUUGUCCACUUGCUGUAUCAACCAAAUACAUGUACUAACCAACAUGGUUGUCAGAAUUUUUACACAGUUUGUCAUGGAGAAACUGUAAUUUUUAGCAUUUAUACCAAAAAAAGCCAAAAAAUCAGUUCAAUUAUUUUUAGUCUGAUUCAGUUUUUGCUGUGAAUAUCUCUUUAGGUUUAAGAAUGAAGCUAUAGUGUAUGUUUCAUAACUACAUUGCAAAUUGAAUUUUAUGCAAAAGAUACAGUUUUAUAAAUAAAUGUUUUACAGUUUACUGAUUUUUAAGCAGUUUUUAAAUGACCGACACCCCAAGCCAUGCUUUUGAAAUUUACAUAGGAGUUGUGUGCCUUUGUACACAUGUCAUUUUAUAUUUGAAGCCAUACCCUUCCACUUAAUUUUGUUUUGUUCUGUACAUAUAUUUAUACCCAAUAUAUAUUGUACACAUAACUGUGUUAAUACAGGGUGAAACAAAAGUUAUGUUGUGAUAUCAUUGUUUUAUACUUCCUUCAUGAUCACUUAUUUUAUUUAUAAUAUAAGUAUUCUCAGUGUUCAUAAAAUAUGAAAGAAAAUAAAUUUCAUUUUACAAUUUAAUGACA